AUGACAAUGCUACUCGACAGCGGGUCAGCAGCUUCGCUGAUCGAUCGUGAAAACUCGGAGCGUAUGAUUGAGAGAGGAGCCGCAGUAAAGAUCAGGGGCCAGUCGUCAGUGUCCAUCCGUUAUGCAGAUGCUAGGGUGGAACCGUCCUGUGGCGAGAUCCUCGCCAACGUAUGCAUUGAUGGCAAGCCUGCCUACCUUCCUUUCCUCAUCGUGGAGAAGCUGGCACAACCACUGAUAGGGCGGCGUGGUCUACGACUUCUAGGAGCUACUCUUGACUUUCCCCAAGACACUAAGGAGGAGCGAAUAGCUCUUCAGAAGAUGUUUGAGAGUAGAUCUACUGAUGCCAUGGCUGCUGAUAUCGAUCUCUCAACUGCUAUCAUCGACUGUUACUCUACCAAUGAGGAGAUGUUCAUUGCCGACGACGGUGACCUACAGGCUGUGGAAA